AUGACCAUCCUGGGGUGGAGUACAUCGCUGCCAGGACCCGGGAGGGGACGCGCGCACCGCUGCCUGGACCUUCCCGGGGAGAGCGUUGCUGCCGGGACUCCGAAGGAGGAGCGCGCACCCCUGCCAGGACUUUGUAACGGGACCACGGCUGCCAGGAUCCCAAGGAGUGAAGCACACCUCUGCCAGGACCCUGCGUGGAGCGCACCGCUGCCAGGACCCUGCGUGGGGCGCCCCGCCGUCCCCGCCCCGCGCGUCCCAGUCGCCAUCCUGGUCCACGUCCUAGGCUCUCCGGCCGUGUUCUCCAUCCCCGUCCCCGGUCUCCGCCGCGUCUCGGGCCGGCCUCGCCCGCACUCCCUGGUCACCGUCCCUCCGCCCGCGCCCUUCCGGAGGGCCUCCGCCGCCGCCGCCCUGGCGCUGCCCGCCGAGGCCGCCUGCGCCCUGUGCCAGCGCGCGCCGCGAGAGCCGGUGCGCGCCGAUUGCGGCCACCGCUUCUGCCGGGCGUGCGUGGUGCGCUUCUGGGCCGAGGAGGACUGGACCAAGCAGUCGGCCUGGGCUGUCACCUGCUGUGGUCCAGUGCGGCCCCGCCCCCCGCCUUUACCUGGACCAUUUUCAUACUGGCACUCCAUGACCCCCACCCACUUGGUUCUGAAACCUUGGCUGUGCUGUGGACCAUUGGGUGGGGCACCUGACCCUGGGGAGAAACCUGCCAUUGGAGAGUCGGUGCAGGAGAACAAGGGUUCUGUGGAGAUCAUGCGGAAAGACCUGAAUGACGCCCGGGACCUGCACGGCCAGGCUGAGUCUGCUGCUGCCGUUUGGAAGGGACACGUGAUGGACCGCAGGAAGAAGGCCCUGACCGACUACAAGAAGCUUCGGGCCUUCUUUGCCGAGGAGGAGGAGCGUUUCCUGCAGGAGGCGGAUAAAGAGGAGGGGUCCGCAGAGGACGAGGACACAGACCCGGCCGAGCGCUUUGGGUCACUGCUGCAGGCUGUCUCGGAGCUGGAGAGGAGGCACCGCAACCUGGGGCUCAGCAUGCUGCUUCAGUGAUGUCCUGCCCUCUGCUGGCUCCAGACGGUAACAGCUCCAUCCACCCUGGCCUGUCGCCCAGCAGCAACUCCAUCACCUCCUGGACCCGCAAUGACCUUUACCCAUGAGGGUCUGCACCGAGGUGCACACGCAGGAUGCAUACCACGGGUGGCCACCUUGGGUGGGCCAAGACUGCCCCUAGCAGUGUCCCUGUUCCCUUUCCCUGUGGGUAUUCGUGGUCCCCAGGCUGUAACCAUUUUACCGUAGAGACCUGUAGCUACUGGUGGGUACUGUUGACCCCAAUGUAUCACGACUCUUCAUAAAGUUCUUGUCGCUGUCA